AUGCCCCUCGACUCGAGUACGUACAGUCUCGCAGGACUGCGCGUCGAUGGGCGAAGGUGGAACGAGCUCAGGCGGAUCCACGGGGAAUGUUCCACCCAGAGCGCGUCCGAUGGCAGCUCAUACUUCGAACUGGGCAACACCAAAGUCAUCUGCACCGUCAAUGGGCCUCGCGAAGGCCGGAGAGCGGGCGCGAGGGAUCAGAGCAAUGCUGCCAAUAUCGAGUGCGAGAUCAACGUCGCUGGGUUCAGCGGUGUGGACAGGAAACGGCGAGGCCGAACUGACAAGAGGAUCCAAGAAAUGUGCCACACCAUCUCCUCCGCUUUUACUGGCACCGUCUUCACUCACCUUUUCCCUCACUCAACCAUCACCAUCGUCUUGCAUGUGCUAUCUCAAGACGGCUCACUUCUCGCCGCGUGUCUCAAUGCCACCACGCUCGCCAUCAUCGAUGCUGGAAUCCCCAUGCGAGACUAUGUCGCAGCAUGUACAACCGGCUCUACCGCUUCUUACGCCGCCAACGACGGAGAAGCGGAUCCAUUGCUAGAUCUCAAUGGCCUGGAAGAGCAAGAGCUCCCCUUCCUUACUCUCGGCACGAGUGGUGGAGACGACAAAGUGAACGUGCUCAUCAUGGAGACCAGAGUGCAGAUGGCGCGGCUUGAGGCGAUGAUCUCGGUCGGCCUCGAUGGAUGUAGACAGAUUCGAAGCAUCCUCGACGGUAUUGUCAGGGCGCAUGGCAAGAAAGUACUCGCAUCGAAAGUGAGCUGA